GUCCCUCCCUGAAACGAAGCAGCUCCAGCACAGACAGCAGUCACAUGUUUACCAGUGCUCCACACACAACUGUCAGCCUACAGCAAGCUUCUACAUAUCCAUCUCAUCCUAGAGAAAGGACGGUUGGCUGAUACAUUUGACAACUUGAGCAACAAUGCUGAAGCACAAAACACAGAUGUGGACUGACAGUAUUAUGUAGUGAGGCAGCCGUUGACGAGAAAAAUGACCACACUUACAACUUUCUCCAGCACAUUUGCACUGAUAUAACUAUGAUGGAAUUCAAACAAUGUCAACUUCUGAGCGUGGCUGGCAGCAAUAAAUCAGUCUCACCUUACUUGACUUAAUGAGAGAGGAAGACAGUUAAAGACAGUGUUAGGGUAUCAGAAUGUUUAUGAACUUUAGAAGAGUCAAAAAAUGUCAGUUUCUGCAGCUGAUCUCAAUGUGCUGUAUUAUGUCAGUGCUUAUGGUGUGCUGGGAGCAAGUAGACCACCAUGUAGUGAGCCAUGUGAAGUCCUACUCUUAUCGUUAUUUGAUCAACAGCUACAACUUCAUCAACAAAAGCUUCAGUGUGACUCGAGAGGAGGCCGACAGUUUCGGUAGCUUUCCGUUCCUCAUUAACCAUGACAAUAUAUGUGCGGACAGCGACGUGUUCCUCCUCCUGUUCGUCAAAUCGUCUCCAGAGAACUUAGAGAGAAGAGAGGCCAUCCGUUCAACAUGGGGGAACCAGACUUACGUUAAGAGGGAACUGGGGGUCACGGUCAAGGUGGUUUUCGUCAUGGGCAUCCACCCAGAUCAGCACAAGAGAAGUGCACUCCAGAAGGACCUCUACGCUGAAGAUGAGGUCCAUGGGGACUUAGUCCAGCAGGAAUUUUCUGACACUUUCCACAAUCUGACAGUGAAGCUGUUGCUGCAGUUCCGCUGGGCACACGCCAAAUGCUCCCAUGCACGCUUUCUCAUGUCUGCCGAUGAUGACGUCUUCAUCCACAUGCCCAACUUGGUGCACUACCUGCAAUCCCUCAGCCAGCAGCAUGUCCAGGAGCUCUGGGUGGGACAUGUCCACAGGGGAGCCCCUCCCAUUAGACGAAAGGAUAGCAAGUACUACGUGCCUGUUCAGAUGUACCAGUGGGCUUCCUAUCCUGACUACACGGCCGGUGCAGGAUAUGUUGUGUCUGGAGACGUUGCUGCCAAAAUUUACCAGGCCACCUUGUCCCUCAAUGCAUCUAUCCAUAUUGAUGACGUUUUCAUGGGCAUGUGUGCCAUCACAGUUGGAGUUUCACCUCAGGAACAUGUUUACUUCUCUGGUGAGGGAAAAGCACCUUACCACCCAUGCAUUUAUGAAAAGAUGAUCACCUCACAUGGACACGAGAACGAUAUAAGAUACCUCUGGAGGGUGGCCACUGCACCAGAAGUAAACGGUAUAUCCUCAGGAUUUCUAGGGAAACUAUACUGCACAGCUGUGAAAAUAAUGCUCCUUUGUAAGCCUUAUUAUUCUAACACCUAUUCAUGCAAAGCCGCCUUUUCUUGAUGCUCAGUGAAAAGGACUACAAAAGACAAUGCAGUAUUUCAUUGUUUAUUUAAACAUGUGCUCUUUUGACUUUCAAGUGAAAAAGCCAAAGCCAUUCUACAUUUGUUUACCAUUCUACAGAGACAUUGAGACCUGAGAUGUGGACCAAGCAAAUAAAAAUCAGUCCUCUGCCAAAUUUGUUUCACAAGGGCUAUUUAAUUUUGUAAGAAAAUAUUUAUAGCACUGUUAUGUCUCACAGAACUGCAUUUUCUAAAAAACAAGAACAAAUGCACUCAAAUGCCAUUUUUGUUUUGAUUAAAACUGAAUAUGAAUGUG